AUGUCAUCUCCUCACCUCAACGACCUUCUAAGCGGCCUCUAUCUCAGCGACGACGAUCUCGCCGCUCGCCUCGAGGCUCUUAAGCGCCGUAGCUCCUUACCUCGCGCGCGCGCACUUCCUCAGCCACCUCGUCAGAUCAAGACCUCGCCGGUCUCACCUCGCGCACGCGCACUCGCACUUCCUCAGCCUCCUCGCCAGGAGCGCUCACCUCGUCCUCUCACGACCAUGAACAACGAUUGUUCUGUCGCUCGCCGCAGAGCUCUCAGCUCCUCGCCAGUCCGCAUGACUAAUCCUCCUGAGUUCGACAACGACAAGUACGGCGAGCGUCACCGCGAGAGCCGCGCAUGGUCAGAACUCUCACGCCUCCACCAAGGAGAAGACACCUUCGCCGACUUCUUCGCUCACUUCGAAGAGCUCCUGGCAUACGUUACCUUGCUAGAGAGUGUACAGAUCAACUUCGUGCUCGACAAGCUCUCCUUCCGCUACGCCGACAAGGUCGAAGACGGCACCUCGUACGACUCGCUCCGCUAG